AUGGGCACCCUGAGGCCUCCAGAGGGUGUGUCCUGAGCACAAUUGACCAAUAGAUGCUAGAGGGUGUGUCCUGGGUUUUAAUGAACCAAUAGAGCUGCUAGAGGGUGUGUCCUGGGUUUUAAUGAACCAAUAGAGAUGCUAGAGCAAGGGUGUCAAACUCAUUUUAGCUCAGGGGCCACAUGGAGGAAAAUCUAUUCCCAAGUGGGCCGGACCGGAAAAAUCAUGGUAUAUAUAACUUAAAAACAACAACUUCAGAUUGUUUUCUUUGUUUUUAAUACGAUCAACAUACAACAUAAAGCUGGAGCCUGAGGACAGUGUGUCCAAAAUAGUACAAGCACAACAUCACUAUUAAUCAUAAAACACAUCAAGUUUAUUUGAAAAUUCUAAAGAAAAAGAACACACAAACACACAAUGCCUCAGUGAUUAACAGAACUGUUUCACAGAUCACAGAACUAUAUCAGGGUGUCAUUUCUCAGGCAGAAAUGUAGAUAAAAAUAAUGAAAUCCUGUUCCCCAAACAAGUGCAAGAACCACAGAGUCAAGAAUAGGUUAAAUAUACAAAUAAAAUAAAAUCAAUUAAAAACAAUAGCACAUCAACAUAAAAACAUAUAAACAUAAAGCUGGAGCCUGAGGACAGUGUCCAAAAGCACAACAUCACUAUUAAUCAUAAAACACCUCAAGUUAUUUGAAAGUUCUGAGGACAAAGAACACACAAACACACAAUGCCUCAGUGAUUCACAGAAGUAUAUCACAGAUCACAGAACUAUAUCAGGGUGUCAUUUCUCAGGCAGAAAUGUAGAUAAAAAUAAUGAAAUCCUGUUCCCCAAACAAGUGCAAGAACCACAGAGUCAAGAAUAGGUUAAAUAUACAAAUAAAAUAAAAUAUAUUAAAAACAAUAGCACAUCAACAUAAAAACAUAUAAACAUAAAUCUUGAAAGCGUUGCUCAAACUCCCGUAACAGUCCCGUUAUUUUAUCUUUGAACCGCUUCAUGUCUGCCACAUGGGUCGCGCACACAUUUUUCAGACAGGGGAAGUGAGCUGCAUCACCACCGGCAAGUUGCGUCUCCCACAAUGACAGCUUCAACUUGAAAGAACGUAUGCUGUCAUAAUACUGCGUGACAACUUUGUUGCGCCCUUGCAGCUGUUUGUUCAAGUUAUUCAGGUGCUCUGUAACAUCCACCAUAAAUGCAAGGUCCUGCAUCCAUUCUGCGGAAUGAAAUUCUAACACUGGUUUGCCCUUUUCUUCCAUGAACUGUUCAAUUUCUUCUCGUAAAUCAAAGAAACGCCUCAGCACAGCACCUCGGCUUAACCAUCUUACCUCAGUGUGGUAUGGCAGGCCAUAGAUGUGGUCUUUCUCUCUGAGAAGGCUGUCAAACUGACGGUGAUUCAGGCUUCUGGAUCGGAUGAAAUUAACAGUUUGGAUGACCACCUUCAUGACGUUAUCCAUCUUUAAUGACUUGCAACACAAAGCCUCCUGGUGCAAAAUACAGUGAAAAGUCAAAAAAUCACGUCCUCCAUAUGCAGAUUGCACUUUCUCUCUGAACUUUGUCACAACGCCUGCUUUUUUCCCGAUCAUUGAGGGCGCACCAUCUGUAGCCAGGCUGACAGCGCGGGACCAGUCCACUCCGACCCUGUCCAGCGCGCCAACGAGUGCGGUAAAAAUAUCAGCUGCUGUCGUUGUAUCUGUCAUCGGCACCAACUCCACGAACUCCUCGGUGACGGUCAAUGUGUCAUCAACUCCGCGGAUGAAAAUUGCCAGUUGUGCAACAUCUGUAAUGUCCGUGCUUUCAUCAAUUGCAACCGAAAACGCAAUAAAUGACUUUACUUUUUGCUUCAACUGGCUGUCCAAAUCCACUGAAAGAUCGGAAAUCCUGUCUGCAACUGUGUUUCUUGUCAGGCUGAUAUUUGCAAAAUCCUGCCGCUUUUCAGGGCACACAAUCUCCGCUGCCUUCAUCAUGCAUGUUUUUACAAAUUCACCCUCACUAAAUGGUUUUGAAGCCACUGCGAUUUCAUUAGCAAUGAGGUAGCUAGCUUUCACUGCAGCGUCACUGAUGUCUCGGCUGUGAGUAAACACAGACUGCUGUUUCUUCAGACCCGCCAACAGUUCAUUCACCUUCUCUCAUCUCCGCUGUCCUUGAAAGUUGUCAUAUUUGUUGGCAUGAAGACUCACAUAGUGGCGACGAAGGUUAUAUUCUUUCAGCACUGCAACAUGCUCUGAACACACCAAACAUAUAGCUUUCCCAUUCAAUUCCGUGAAUAAAUAGGAUGACCAUUUUUCUUUGAACACUCUGCACUCUGCGUCCACUUUUCUCUUUUUUGACAGAGACAUAUUGGGGCAAUGGGGGUGCCAAAGCACAUAAUGUUAAAAGUAGAAGCCGUAAUAAAUAUCGCGGGCAAAACAAAGUAGCUCAUUGGCUGCACGUGCUUGACCUACUUGCUCUGCCCCGGUAUAAACAGUUUGCUUGCUUAACACAAUUGCUAUUGCGCCAUCCAGUGGACGCAAUUGGAACAGCAGUUUAUUUAAUUGAAAAAUUGCAGCCCAUUUUUAUACUUUACAAAAUGUUUUUUUUUUUUCUUCUUUAUUUUCUUUAAAUCAUCUCGCGGGCCGGAUUAAACCCGUUUGCGGGCCGGACGUUGGACACCCCUGUGCUAGAGGGUGUGUCCUGGUGUUUGAUAGAUCAAUUAGUUAGUGUUAGUAGUGUAUAUUCUGUAUAAUAAUGUUGUAUUGUGUUGUAGCGGUGCCCUACCCCCCUGGCUCCAAGCUGACGGUAAAGGACCUGUAUGUAGACGGGAAGCCCAGUGUUGAGGUGCUCAAGACCCAUCUCGUUAAGGAGGGCCGCCUGGAGGAGGAAGCAGCUCUACGCAUCAUCACUGAUGGAGCCAACAUCCUGCGGCAAGAGAAAUGCAUGCUGGAGGUGGAAGCACCUAUAACAGGUAACCUCUGACCUGUUACUAAUCCCUAACAUCCUCCGACAGACGGACCUCUAACUCGUGUGUGUGUGUGUGUGUGUGUGUGUGUGUUGCGUUGCAGUGUGUGGGGAUGUCCAUGGCCAGUUCUUUGACCUGAUGAAGCUGUUUGAGGUGGGCGGCUCCCCCAGCAGCACCCGCUACCUGUUCCUGGGGGACUACGUGGAUCGAGGAUACUUCAGCAUCGAGGUCAGUGUGUGUUUCUGCAUCUGCUGUUUCAUCUGACAUUUAGAGCCGUGGCCUGUUACCCGGGGCUUAGGAGCACGUCUUUAAAUAGUCAGCAGCAACCCCCACACACACACACACAAUAUUGGGUUUUGUGUCCCACUUUUAAAAUAUUGUGCGAGGGUUCUGAUUUAAGCCAGUGUAUUCUAAUGAUAUCAUUACAUAUCCAUUGGCCUUUAUCCUAGAUGUCGUGAUCAUAGCUAGUGUUAGCAACAUGAGGGAUCUCACACUCUCUCUCUGCAGUGUGUGUUGUUCCUGUGGACUCUGAAGAUCAACCACCCCACCACUCUGUUCCUACUCAGAGGAAACCAUGAGUGUCGACAUCUUACAGAAUACUUCACCUUUAAACAGGAGUGUGAGUGGUCCUUGUGUAUUUAGUGUGUGGGUGUGUGUGGGUGCCUGUGUGUGUGUGGGGGGAGGGGGGGAGGGUGUGGGUGCUUGUGUGUGUGUGUGGGGGGACCUGUGGGGAGGGGGGGGGGGGCUGUGUGGGUGCCUGUGUGUGUGUGUGUGGGGGGGGGGGCCUGUGGGGAGGGGAGGGGAGGAGGAGGGGGGGGGGGGCUGUGUGUGUGUAAUAGUAAUAAAGAUGUCCUCUUUGUUGUGUUCUAGGUAAGAUAAAGUACUCUGAGCGUGUGUAUGAUGCGUGUAUGGAAGCGUUUGACUGCCUUCCCCUGGCUGCACUCCUCAACCAGCAGUUCCUGUGUGUCCACGGAGGCCUGAGCCCCGAAAUCACCUGCCUGGACGACAUACGCAAGGUACGACCCCUGACCUGCUUUGGGUUAACUCUCUCGAACUCUGUCUUAAAUCGUUUUAACUGGUUAAGCUGACUAUGUUAUUAAGUGUUUUGACUGGUCUAAGGAGCGCCUGGCGUUAUUUAACUGUGUUUAACCGGAUUAACCCUGUAGAUUAACUGUUUUUUUACUUUGUGUUGACCAGCUGGACCGGUUUAAGGGGCCCCCAGUGUUAUUUAACUAUAUUUAACUCUUUGUUGACCAGCUGGACCGGUUUAAGGAGCCCCCUGCAUUCGGACCCAUGUGUGACCUGCUGUGGUCGGACCCUGGAGAAGACUACGGCUCUGAGAAGUCCCAGGAACACUUUGCCCAUAACUCCGUUAGAGGUUGCUCCUACUUCUACAGUUACCCAGCAGUAUGUGACUUUCUGAUGAACAAUAAUCUGUUGUCAGUAAUAAGAGCACAUGAAGCCCAGGACGCUGGGUGAGUAUUAUUAAUGACAUUAAUUAAUUAAUGAAUAAUAAUAUUAGUAGUAGUAGUAUGAUACUGUUUUAAGAGCACAUGAAGCCCAGAACGCUGGGUGAGUAUUAUUAAUGAUAUUAAUUAAUAAUAAUAUUAGUAGUAGUAUGACACUGUUUUAGGAGCACAUGAAGCCCAGGACGCUGGGUGAGUAUUAUUGAUAUUAAUUAAUAAUAAUAGUAGUAGUAGUAGUAGUAGUAUGAUACUGUUUUAGGAGCACAUGAAGCCCAGGACGCUGGGUGAGUAUUAUUAAUGAUAAUAAUUAAUUAAUAAUAAUAAUAAUAGUAGUAGUAGUAGUAUGAUACUGUUUCGUGAUAUAAACUGUGUAUUUCCUGUAUAAUGUGUAUUUCAGGUAUAGAAUGUACAGGAAAAGCCAGACGACGGGUUUUCCUUCUCUGAUCACGAUCUUCUCUGCUCCGAAUUACCUGGACGUGUACAACAACAAAGGUAAACAAACACAAAGGUUACCCACAUUUCAAACCAUGACAACAGGGUAGAAACCAUGGCAACACAGGGUAGAUAGAUAAUGUGUGUGUCCUUGUAGCGGCGGUGCUGAAGUAUGAGAACAAUGUGAUGAACAUCCGUCAGUUUAACUGCUCCCCCCACCCCUACUGGCUGCCCAACUUCAUGGACGUCUUCACCUGGUCUCUGCCCUUCGUAGGCGAGAAGGGUGAGUGUGUGUGUUAUACUGGUGUGUAUGAUAACUUUGGGCUUCAUGUUACCUUUGCAAAACUGACCUCCAUGUGAGAUAAUGUGAAUGUGUGUGUGAUAACUGUGUAUGUGUGUGUGUGUGAUAACUGUGUGUGUGUGAUAAUGUUGUGUGUGUGUUCCUACAGUGACAGAGAUGCUGGUUAACGUGCUGAACAUCUGCUCUGACGACGAGCUCAUGUCUGAAGGAGACGACACCUGCGAGGGUAAGAAACACACACUCACACACAACUCUUUUAUAUUGACUUCCAAUGUAUGAAAAUUAUGAUAUAGCAGCAACGUGUUUCUUCAAAGAGGAAAUUAAACCUUUAAGGAAGUGAAAGUUGUUUUUGACUGAAGUGCAGUGUAGCUCACAGAAAACAGAGCAAAAAUAGAUGUGAAGAGGUGAUAGAGUUAACACCCGUAACGGAUCCAACAACAGAUACAGUGGGGGAAAAAAGUAUUUAGUCAGCCACCAAUUGUGCAAGUUCUCCCACUUAAAAAGAUAAGAGAGGCCUGUAAUUUUCAUCAUAGGUACACGUCAACUAUGAUAGACAAAAUGAGAAAAAAAAUUCCAGAAAAUCACAUUGUAGGAUUUUUAAUGAAUUUAUUUGCAAAUUAUGGUGGAGAAUAAGUAUUUGGUCAAUAACAAAAGUUUCUCAAUACUUUGUUAUAUACCCUUUGUUGGCAAUGACACAGGUCAAAUGUUUUCUGUAAGUCUUCACAAGGUUUUCACACACUGUUGCUGGUAUUUUGGCCCAUUCCUCCAUGCAGAUCUCCUCUAGAGCAGUGAUGUUUUGGGGCUGUCGCUGGGCAACACAGACUUUCAACUCCCUCCAAAGAUUUUCUAUGGGGUUGAGAUCUGGAGACUGGCUAGGCCACUCCAGGACCUUGAAAUGCUUCUUACGAAGCCACUCCUUCGUUGCCUGGGCAGUGUGUUUGGGAUCAUUGUCAUGCUGAAAGACCCAGCCACGUUUCAUCUUCAAUGCCCUUGCUGAUGGAAGGAGGUUUUCACUCAAAAUCUCACGAUACAUGGCCCCAUUCAUUCUUUCCUUUACACGGAUCAGUCGUCCUGGUCCCUUUGCAGAAAAACAGCCCCAAAGCAUGAUGUUUCCACCCCCAUGCUUCACAGUAGGUAUGGUGUUCUUUGGAUGCAACUCAGCAUUCUUUGUCCUCCAAACACGACAAGUUGAGUUUUUACCAAAAAGUUCUAUUUUGGUUUCAUCUGACCAUAUGACAUUCUCCCAAUCCUCUUCUGGAUCAUCCAAAUGCACUCUAGCAAACUUCAGACGGGCCUGGACAUGUACUGGCUUAAGCAGGGGGACACGUCUGGCACUGCAGGAUUUGAGUCCCUGGCGGCGUAGUGUGUUACUGAUGGUAGGCUUUGUUACUUUGGUCCCAGCUCUCUGCAGGUCAUUCACUAGGUCCCCCCGUGUGGUUCUGGGAUUUUUGCUCACCGUUCUUGUGAUCAUUUUGACCCCACGGGGUGAGAUCUUGCGUGGAGCCCCAGAUCGAGGGAGAUUAUCAGUGGUCUUGUAUGUCUUCCAUUUCCUAAUAAUUGCUCCCACAGUCUUCCCAGCCUGGUGCAGGUCUACAAUUUUGUUUCUGGUGUCCUUUGACAGCUCUUUGGUCUUGGCCAUAGUGGAGUUUGGAGUGUGACUGUUUGAGGUUGUGGACAGGUGUCUUUUAUACUGAUAACAAGUUCAAACAGGUGCCAUUAAUACAGGUAACGAGUGGAGGACAGAGGAGCCUCUUAAAGAAGAAGUUACAGGUCUGUGAGAGCCAGAAAUCUUGCUUGUUUGUAGGUGACCAAAUACUUAUUUUCCACCAUAAUUUGCAAAUAAAUUCAUUAAAAAUCCUACAAUGUGAUUUUCUGGAUUUUGUCUGUCAUAGUUGACGUGUACCUAUGAUGAAAAUUACAGGCCCCUCAUCUUUUUAAGUGGAAGAACUUGCACAAUUGGUGGCUGACUAAAUACUUUUUUCCCACACUCUAUUUAUCAACACCUCUAUUGUUGCCACAUGGCAGCUGAGUAUCAGCUGAGCUGUGUGUGUGUGGGUGCAUUCGACAUUGCAGCAGACUUUAAAGUCGACUGACUGAUCUAAAAAUCACCUUUCAUCAUAAAUAACUACUCAAUAUUAUUUACUCGAUUUGAUUUGUAGAUCAGUCAGUCACAAUUUACCCAUGAUACAUCACGGUUUUGGAUGCUCUCGAACACGGCCGGUGUGUGUAAUGUGUGCUGGUAGUUUAGGGUGAGUUUCACCAGUCCCUUACCUCUCUCUCCCCCUUCUUUCUCCCUCUCUCCUCCCUUCUCUCGCCCUUUCUCUCUCUAUCCUUCCUUCCCUCUCUCACUUUCUCUCUAUAUAUAUAUUUCUCUCUCUACCUUUCUCUCUCCCUCUCUCACUUUCUCUCUCUCCCUUUCUCUGUCUCUCAGCUGGAACUUCUGCUGUGAGGAAGGAGGUAAUCAGGAAUAAGAUCCGAGCGAUCGGGAAGAUGGCCCGCGUCUUUUCUGUGCUCAGGUACAUGUGUGUUUGACUCUCCCUGGUUUCAUUGAUUAGAUGUUAUCAACCUCUGUAAAGGUAUUGAUAAGAAGACCUGUAUACAGAUUCUAUCUGGACUUGGUUAUGUUCAGCUUCCAGUCCAGUCUUUGUACGGUGCCCCCCUUGUAACAACCAUGCUUUUGACAGAGAGGAGAAUGAGAGCGUGUUACAGCUGAAGGGGCUGACCCCCACCGGGGCCUUGCCUGUGGGAGUUCUGUCUGGAGGACGGCAGACCCUGGAGAGCGGUACGUAUGCAUACCUACACACACACACUCUAACCUGAACUACUCUGGCAUCAUGAGAGAAUUGUUUUAUCCUUUGCCUGCACUCAAACCCACCAACAGACUUAACCCUCCUCACACCCCCCUCUCUCGGGCUCCCUGACUCACACACCCACACUACUCUCUCGGGCUCCCUGACUCACACACCCACACUACUCUCUCUCUCUCACUCACUCACACACCCGCACUACUAAAUCACCCUCUCUCUCUCUCUCACUCACACACCCGCACUACUAAAUCACCCUCUCUCUCACCCGCACGACUAAAUCACCCUCUCUCUCUCACUCACUCACACACCCGCACUACUAAAUCACCCUCUCUCUCUCUCACACACACACUCACCUAUCCCUAAUCCACAUUCUCAUUUAACCUGCAAAAUUCUCUUUAAAACUCAAUCAAUCUCUUAAACCCAGAACAUUCCUGCACCCCUUUCUGCACUAAUCACAGUCAUGUGUAACUCCUGUGUCAGGGUUGAGAGGGAAGUGGGUUGGGGGUGGAGUUGAAUGAUCUUAUGACUGACUGCAUUGAUAACAACUCACUGACUAUAGAUGAUGUUUAACACUCUGAAUACAUUGAUAACACAACUCACUGACUAUAGAUGAUGUUUAACACUCUGAAUACAUUGAUAACACAACUCACUGACUAUAGAUGAUGUUUAACACUCUGAAUACAUUGAUAACACAACUCACUGACUAUAGAUGAUGUUUAACACUCUGAAUGCAUUGAGUACUCACUGAUCUGGGUCUGUUGGUAAUGUUAACUCUCUCUCUGUAUGUUUUGGGCAUGGCUCUACUACUCACGCUUACACAGCUACCGUACAGGCAGAAGAGGCACGAGGUACGCAAGUCAUUUCUCAUCUCUCUGUGUCUCUGUCUCUGUCUCCUCCCUCUCCAAAGUUAGUGUAUUAUUGUUGUUUAUAUACAUAUUACUAAGUUAAGAGGAGUUUUGUGGACAUACCAUGUUGCCCAUUAGUCAGUAUUGAUCUCCAAAACCACUAUGUAAACAGGGUUUCACAUAAGCACAUAGGAACAUGCUAGCUGAAAAGUUAGCUUAACUAGCAACACAAAAUAUCAGGCUAUUGACCUUAAAGUAUCAGACUGUUUAUGCCAGUUACCAAAAAGUCAGACUUCGUUCCACUCCCUCUCUCUCUCCUCCACCUGUUCUCAAUCGCUUUCUCUCGUUUGUUUGCCCAUGCUGCCUUGAUGUUUUUGAAGUAAGUGUCUUACGUCUAACCACCAAAACCUUCUAACAACCAAACCUACAUUGUAUUAGACUAAACAUUACCAUAUUAUACUUAUAUUACCCCUACCAACCACUACCUAGUACCUACUAGACUGUAGACUAGAGCCUAAACCUUCCUCUUCACCCCCAUACCUCCCUGAGGUGUGCUGUAUUCCUGCACUGAUGCUAAACUCUACAUCUCUCUCCUUCAGCCAUCCAAGGGUUCAACCCGCAGCAUAAGAUCCAGUCCUUUGAGGAGGCCCGAGGUCUAGACAGGGUCAAUGAGCGGAUGCCCCCCCGCCAAGACGCUCCUCCCCCUCCCAACAACCUCCCAGCCAGUGGCCCACCCGACAAGAACGGGACCAACACACAGGCCUAGGCACCUGGCUCACCUCCCUCUCUAUCCCUCUCUCACUCUCUGUAUCCCUCUCGCUCUCUGUAUCCCUCCCUCGCUCUCUGUAUCCCUCUCGCUCUCUGUAUCUAUCCCUCUCGCUCUCUGUAUCCAUCCCUCGCUCUCUCUCUGUAUCCAUCCCUCGCUCUCUCUCUGUAUCCAUCCUUCGCUCUCUCUCUGUAUCCAUCCCUCGCUCUCUCUCUGUAUCCAUCCCUCGCUCUCUCUCUGUAUCUAUCCCUCGCUCUCUCUCUGUAUCCAUCCCUCGCUCUCUCUCUGUAUCCAUCCCUCGCUCUCUCUCUGUAUCUAUCCCUCGCUCUCUCUCUGUAUCCAUCCCUCGCUCUCUCUCUGUAUCCAUCCCUCGCUCUCUCUCUGUAUCCAUCCCUCGCUCUCUCUCUGUAUCCAUCCCUCGCUGUCUCUGUAUCCAUCCCUCGCUCUCUCUCUGUAUCCAUCCCUCGCUCUCUCUCUGUAUCCAUUCCUCUCUCUCUGUAUCCAUUCCUCUCUCUCUGUAUCCCUCCCUCUCUCUCUGUAUCCCUCCCUCUCUCUCUGUAUCCCUCCCUCUCUCUCUGUAUCCCUCCCUCUCUCUCUGUAUCCCUCCCUCUCUCUCUGUAUCCCUCCCUCUCUCUCUGUAUCUCUCUCUCUUUAUCUCUCUCUCUGUAUCCUCUCUCUCAGCGUUUUCCCCUCUUCUCCUGCUCUGCUCUUUUCUGCCUCUCUCCUCUUCUCCCUCUCUGCUCUCCUCUCUUGUGCCUCUUCUCCCUCUCUCUGCUCUCCUCUCUUGUGCCUCUUCUCCCUCUCUCUUCUCCCUCUCUCUCCUCUCCCCUCCUCCUCUGUGAAGGACAGUAGGAUGGGUCUUUGUUACUUGUCCUCCAAAGAAACAGUCCUAACAUCAUGUUUAUUUAUUUCAUCAUCUAGAAUGAAUCUGUCAUCGGAGUUUAA